GAUCGAUCGGUACCUGAUACUCGGCUGAAUUACGCGCACAAACUAAACCAUAAAGACCAUAAACGAUAAAGUACUGGAUCAAGAAAAUUGUUCCGUAAAAGUGACUGCUGCGCAAGAAAAAAGCAUUUGACAUGAACAACAGAGGUGUGAUUAGACUGGCUGUCUCUAUAGGCCUUGUUAUAACCCUCUUUCUUCUCAACACUUGUCGUGCUACUAAGGCCAUCGAGUUAUGCAAGGAAUGUCUGUACAUCCUCAACAACAAAGCAGUCAUAAGAAGCGAAGUGAGCCACACAUUUUAUAAUCAUAUCAGUCAUUUUAUAAUGUUCGUGGCGUACUGUCUGAUCAAUGAUUACACAAGCGCAAUAAAUUACGGUAGAACACUUCUUGUGAUACUCUACAACAGUGGUGAAAAAGCUUUAGAAAGUAAGCUAAGCUUAGAACUGGCAAAGUUACAUCAUCGUCAAUGCAAACAUUCGGAAGCAAAAAAACUCUGUCGGAAAGCACUAGCGAUCUAUACAGAAAUAGGUCAACGUGAAGGAGAAGCGUCGUGUUACGAAUCACUAGGAACUGUUUUUUUAUCUCUUGGUGAAUAUAUCAAGGCUACGGAAAAUCUUGAGAGAGCUCUUGAAAUCAGAGAGAAAAUUGGCGACAGAAUUGGACAAGCCUCAUGUUACGGGAACCUGGGAAGUGCUUUCCACUUUCGAAGUGAAUAUCGCAAAGCUGAAGAAUACACAGAGAAAGCACUUGUGAUCAAAAGGGAAAGUGGUGAUAGGAGAGGAGAAGCCGCAUGUUACGGACAACUAGGAAAAGUUUAUCUAUCUCUUGGCGAAUAUUGUAAGAGUGAAGAAUAUGUCAAGGAAGCGCUUCAGAUCAGGAGAGAGAUUGGCGAUAGAAGUGGAGAGGCAGCUGAUUACAGCAUGUUAGGAACAGUGUUCCAGUCUCUUGGUGAAUAUGUCAAAGCUCAAGAUUACCAUGAGAAAGCACUUAAAAUUAGUCAAGCAAUUGGGGACAGGAAUGGCGCAGCCGGGUGUUAUAGAAAUCUAGGAGCGGGUUUUAUACAUCUUGGUGAAUAUGUCAAGGCUAACCGGUAUCUUGAGAAUGCGCUUACCAUCGAAAAAGAAAUUGGAGACAGAAACGGAGAAGCAACCUCUUCUCUAAACUUAGGGAAUGUAUUUCUUUCCCUUGGUAAAUAUGAGGAGGCUAAAGAUUGCUUUGAGAACGCACUUACUAUCGCAAAAGAAAUUGGUUGCCGAAAAAUAGAAGAAUCAUCUAACGGCAGCCUUGGAAAUGUGUUUUCCUCUAUUGGUGAUUUUGUUAAGGCUAAAGAAUAUCAGGAAAAAGCACUUUUGCUCUCAAAAGAAAUCGGUAGCAGAGACGGAGAAGCAGCAGCUUACGGAAACCUAGGAAAUGUGUUUCUUUCUCUCGGUGAAUAUGCCCAGGCUGAAUAUUGUCUUCAAAAAGCACUUGCAGUGAGUCAAGAGAUUGCAGACGUUCAAAAUCAAUUCGCAUGUCUUUGCAAGCUUACACAGGUUAAAUUUCUCGAACAAAACAAUGAAGAAGCGCUUUUGUAUCUGCUUUCAAGCAUUCAUAAAUGCGAGAAAUUGCGGCUUUUUCUUGGCGAUAAUGACCAUUUCAAAAUACAUUUCUCAGAUGAGCACCGUUUUCCUUACUGGAUGCUCAGUCAAAUGCUUUGUGCUGCGGGAAUUCCUCAAGAGGCCCUGUAUAUUGCAGAGCUCGGAAGGGCCAGAGCUUUGGCAGAUUUAAUGUCAGCUCAGUACUCCGUGGAGAAUCAAAUCUCAGCUGAUCCUCAAUCUUGGGUUCGUCUGGACAGGAUUGUGAAGAAGGAAAGUACCAGCACUUUUCUUUACCUUUCUCACUCUUCUCAAGGAAUGCGUUUGUGGGUUUUAAAAGGAAGUGGUGAAAAACAUUUCCGAGAAAUAAAAGCAAGUGAUGACACUUUUCACCGCGGACUUUUUCGAAAUUUAGAUGAUUUUUUCGCCCAGAGCUUUAGACGAUUUGAUGUUUUGCCAAAAGUAGGUUGCGAAGAUCGUUCUUUGAAUGGUAACAGAGUGCCAUCCAAGUCAUUUCAGGAAGGUAAACUCGCAUCUUUCAGAAUUGUGGUGGAGGAAAAGGAAGAAAAUCAAAAUCUCGAACAGAGUCUUUUUUUGUGUUACAAAAUGAUCAUAGCUCCCGUGGCCGACUUACUCGAGGAGCCCGAAAUCAUCAUUGUUCCUGAUCGCUCCUUGUACAACGUUCCAUUCGCAGCCUUACCGGCUAAGAGAGGGAAAUAUUUGUCCGAGACUCAUAGGAUCCGUAUCAUUCCUUCUUUAACGACUCUCAAGCUCAUCCAAGACAGUCCUGCAGACUAUCACAGUCAGACUGGUGCACUGAUAGUCGGAGAUCCCGAUGUUGGUUUGGUGCGAUACAAAGGAAGGAAAGAGAGCAUAUCUAGAUUGCCCUGUGCAGGAAAGGAAGCAGAGAUGAUUGGACGACUGCUGGGUGUUCAACCUUUGUUAGGAGAUCAAGCAACUAAGCAGGCGGUACUUGAGAGAAUCAAUUCAGUGAGCCUGAUACAUUUUGCUGCGCAUGGUGAUGCUGAAAGAGGAGAAAUUGCCCUUUCUCCUCUUCGCCCUACUAACAGAACUCCUAAAGAAGAAGAAUACUUGUUAACAAUGUUUGACAUUUCAAGAGUUCAGCUGCGAGCCAAACUUGUGGUACUUAGCUGUUGUCACAGCGGCCAAGGACAGAUAAGAGUCGAAGGCGUUGUUGGAAUCGCUCGGGCGUUCUUAGGAUCCGGUGCACGCUCGGUGUUGGUUGCACUGUGGGCCCUGGAAGACAGUGCAACAGAACAGUUCAUGAGUCGUUUCUACGAGCACCUUGUUCAUGGUGAAAGUGCCAGUGAAUCUCUUCAUCAGGCCAUGAAGUGGAUGAGAGCUAACGGCUAUUCUAACGUGAGGCAGUGGGCGCCUUUCAUGCUGAUUGGAGAUGACGUGAAAUUUGAUUUUGGAAAAUAAAGAAAUAAUUUUUCUUGAUUGGGAAACGAAAUCUAUUGGUUCCAGUUAUCCCAGUUGACUUAAAAGACCUUAAAGAAAGCAAAAAUGCUUUGAAGAUAAAAUUGUAAUAAGUUUAACAAGCCAUGCGUCCUGUUCUUUACCGAACAUCAUGGAGUAUAUUCAAAAGUUAAAAGUACCGCAAAAUUAAAAUUAAAGGUUUUUUAUGUUCUUUCGAGUGCGUUGUUUCUGUUUGAUUAGU